GAAUGCGAGCCAGUGAUGAAGCCGGUGUGCGCGCGGGGCGGCAAGACGUACACGUCGCUCUGCGAGCUGAAGAGACAGGCCUGUUUAACGAAGACCAACAUCGAGGUCGCCUACACUGGAAUCUGUGGCUCUAGGGGGCCAUGCUCUGAGAAGAUGUGUCUGUGGGGCGCGAUUUGCGCGGAAACCGGUGGCAAAGCGAAUUGCGAGUGUCCAACCUGUCCGGCAGAAUUUCAGCCCGUUUGUGGCGACGAUGGCAUCAGCUACGGAAACGAGUGUAAGCUUCGCCUCGAGAGAUGUAAACAUCGACGAGAGAUCCGCGUGCUCUACCAAGGACUCUGCAAUGGCUGCGAGAAUAAGAAGUGUGAAUUCUACGCGGAAUGUGAGAGCGACAGCGCUGGAGAGGCUAAGUGCGUUUGUCCUAGCAAGUGCGAGAGCCCGGCAAAAGAGUCCGCAGACGCGGAAAAAGUUUGUGGCUCUGAUGGAGUAACUUACGCCAAUGAAUGCUCUUUGAAAGUGGCUUCCUGCACUUUGCAAACUCACAUCACUGUCAGUUACAUAGGCGAUUGCGAGCUUUGCGCGAGAGUAGAAUGCGAGCACGGGGCUCAUUGCAUGGCUGGUGUAUGCGUGUGUCCAGACGAAUGCCCCGAGAGCAAUGGGGAGCCCGUGUGUGGUAGCGACUCCAAGACAUAUUCAUCCGAGUGCGAACUGCAAAAGGCAGCAUGCGGAAGAGAUCCUAAAUUGCCAGUCUUGCACGUGACAUUCUACGGCGAUUGUGGCGAACGAUUCGCCGUUGCAGCACUGACCACGAUGUCGACGCCUGCGGUGGUUCGAUUGGCCACCACCGCAGUUGACGUGACCAGCACUCAGGUACGCGAGGCUUGCAAGAACAUUAACUGCGACUUCGAAGCGACCUGUGAGCUUGGGCCAGAUGACUACCCCAGGUGCAGCUGCAAGUUCGACUGCGCUUCGAUUUCUCCGGAAAAUAUGCGUCCUGUUUGCGGUAGUGACCUAAGAACCUAUUCGUCUCUGUGCGCUAUGAAAAUGGAAGCUUGCCAGAGGCAGCAAGAGCUAAGACCUAGACCUCUCGAUCUUUGCCAAGGUAUGGAAGUGAAACCCUGCAACGGUGAUCCUCCAUUGAGGGAUUCCGACGGAAAGGAGUACGACUGUGGAAAUGGUCCUGAACGGAGAGACUGCCCGAGCAACAGCUAUUGUCAUCAAACUACACGAUUAGCUCGCUGUUGCCGAAAAGCAGAAGGAACCCAAGUCGUAAAAUGCUCGGAUUCCUGGCAUGGUUGCUGUCCGGACGGCAAAACAGCAGCUCGCGGACCCAAUGGUGCAGGUUGCCCAAGUUUAUGCAACUGCAACAGGUUAGGCAGUGUUUCUGACACCUGCAAUCCGGUAACCGGACAAUGCGAAUGCAAACCGGGAGUAGGUAGUCUAAAAUGCAAUAGCUGCAUGCCUGGUUACUGGGGUCUGCCUAAAAUCAGGAGGGGACUUCAAGGAUGCAUACCAUGCGGCUGCUCGCUCUUCGGUUCUGCGAGGGAGGACUGCGAGCAAAUGACAGGUCACUGCGUCUGCAAAAACGACAUCAAGGGCCUUAAAUGCACUAUCUGUAUCGGCCAUAACAACAUAUUAACACCUUCUGGUUGCUAUUCAGCGGACACGAUGCCGCCGAUACCGACGUCCUGCAACGAGCUGCAAUGCUAUUCCGGCGGCAAGUGCUCAGAGAUCGGCGGUCCGCACUGCGUCUGUCCGUCGUCCUGUCCAUCGGACAUACCGUCCGUGCCGGUUUGCGGUAGCGACGGACAGACAUACGACAACGAGUGCGAGCUAAGGCUGUACGCUUGUCGUCACCAGGCAGACGUGGUCACGCAGGCCUUUGGCCACUGCAGAGACAACCCCAUGGUGAUCACGGACGGCCCCUUUAAAAACUACACAGAGGUACAAUACACCCAGCCAGCGGCCGCCAUUUCUCCGUUAUCGAAAUCUACCAGGCAUCUGUUGGUGCCGGAACCGGAUCCACGCUAUUAUUACACUCACCGGGCGCAUCAAGAAACGAUCACGAUCGACAGGGACAAUUUAAAGCACGGAGUAGCCGCGGCGUACCGACCGACACCGGCAACAAUUCGCGUGGUUACCGCGUUACUCGGUGAUCUAUGCACCGACGACAAGGAUUGCACCAUUCCCAAUAGCGAAUGCUCGAACGGAGGCUGCAUCUGCUCGGAGGGAUACGCGGAAACCAGCGACAGACAGGAGUGUUUUGCUAAUUACGUGCCCGUCACACCGACCGAAGAAUUUCGUGCCUGCCUGUCGUAUCCGUGUCACGCGACAUCGACUUGCAUCGAUCUGCCGAGCGCAACGUUCGUUUGCAUCUGUCGUCCGAAUUACACCGGCCUAUUAUGCGACGAGGAGAUUAACAAAAGAGAUUACGAAGUGCCGUCGUUCGACGGCAAGAGCUACGUCAGGAUGAACAGAUUGAAGGCUUACCACAAGUUCAGCGUCGAGGUCGAGUUCAUGACAUACGCUGACAACGGGAUUAUACUUUACAACCAACAGAAGAGCGACGGCACCGGGGAUUUCGUCUCGUUAGCCAUCGUCGACGGACACGUGCAGUUUCGAUACAAUUUAGGAAAUGGUCCGGUAAUUCUCUCCUCCCCUGAGAGAGUCACUAUGAAAACGUUCCAUCAUGUGGCAGCGAAGAGGUAUCAUAAGGAUGGUGUUUUAAUUUUCAAUAACAGAGAGGACGUGGUUGGUCAAAGUCAAGGGAUGCUGAAGUCGCUGGAUCUUAAUCAGGAUACGUUUAUUGGGAACAUGCCCACGAACUAUUCUAAAGUUUACGACAAUAUCGGGACCAAUCACGGUUUCCUCGGUUGUGUAAGAAAAUUAAUGAUCAAUCGGAACUUCAUUGAUCUUCACGUGGGCCACGACAAGGAUAUCUUAGAGACCUAUACCUGUCAGCCGAUCUUCGAGGAAGACCUCUGUAAUGGUCGCGAGUGCAGGAGAAUACAGAAACGUGGGAAGGGCAAGAACAAGAAUGGUGUGAACAUUGUGAGAUGCAAGGGUUCGCAUUGCACCUCGAUAGAUCCUCAUAGAUCGAAGAAAAACGCGAAGAAACGUUGCGCGACUCCCAAAUGCGAUUACAAUUACGAUGCUGAUUAUGACAGCAAUUACGAACAUGGAAACUAUGCAGUGCAGAAGUACGAUCCACCCGAUUACAGGUGUAUUUGUCCGCCUCAGUUCACCGGUAGAAACUGCGAGGAGUCCUUAGACCCUUGUAUAGGUGAACCUUGCCAACAUGGAGCAACUUGCGACAUUCUUCCACAGGGUGGCUACGUUUGCAAAUGUCCACCUGGCAGGACCGGAGAACAUUGUGAAAUUCUGGAUGCGGAAUUAACGGAGCUGCUGAUACCGGAAAUGUCUGGGGACGGUUUCCUAGAACUACCAUGCUUGGAAGGUGUGGCAAAGGCAUUCUCCAUCGAGUUAUGGUUCCUGACACACGCCAGCGACGGCUUGUUACUUUACAAUGGCCAAUUGAACAACGGUCGCGGCGAUUUCAUUAGUCUGAACUUGGUCCACGGGAAGCUGGAAUUUAGAUUCAAUCUCGGAAGUGGUAUCGCCAAUAUCACAUCCCCGGACCCAGUUACACUCGACACAUGGCAUUGUGUACGAAUCAGCAGGUUAGGUAGAGAAGGUGUAUUGCAAUUGGAUGAUGGAACGGUUGCAAGGGGAUUGUCUGGAAGUCCUUUGACAGAGCUGAACUUAGAAAUGCCACUCUACGUUGGCGGAGUGAAACAUUGGCGAGAGGUUCAUCGACUCGCUGGAGCUUGGACCGGUUUGGUAGGCGCGGUACAAAGAUUGAUGGUGAACGGGAAGACGUAUCAAAAUUUGGCUGUCAACGUAACUCAACAUAACACAGAAAUCUAUGAUGGAUUACCGUGUCCUAGCAACGAGAAUCCCUGCCACAACGGCGGAGUCUGUCUACCUCUUCUAAAUAGUUAUCUGUGCAAGUGUGCUAGCGGUUACAAUGGUCUUCAUUGUGAAUUUUUCAUGGGCUACGUAUCUACCGAAUUAUCCGAAAGACCAGUGCGUUUUAAGGGCGAUAAUUUCUUGCAGUUUAGACACCGAAGCGGAAGAAGUACUAACUCGACUAAUACUACCCUCGGCGAGUACUUUGAGGAGUCCUACUCCGACUACGACUUGGAGGAGGAUGCCGACUACGAUUACGUCAGUUACGAUUACACGGAACGCAAAAAUCAACAGUCGAACAAGUUUGAGCUGAGGUUGAGAACAACGCAUCCGGAUGGCCUUAUUGCCUGGGUUGGAAGAGGAAAAGUCGAACACCUCAUCCUGCAAUUGCACGGUGGUCAAGUGCUUCUUGUGUACAAAGGCAAAAACGAACAGAUAUCGCUUCGAAGCAGGGAACGAGUGGACGACGGUGUUUUCCACCACAUCAGAGCAUCGAGAAGGCGGAAAACAUCGAUGAUACAGAUUGACGACUUCGCCCCUAUGAAGAUAUCGACGGAGACUACCCUAUUGACGACGAACGGCAAGUUGUUCAUCGGCGGUAAACCGGGCCACCGCGGCAUCAAGGGCUGCGUGUCGGACUUUGUGGUGGACAAACGGCGUCUUCAACUGGCCAGGCGGAAGAUAGAGUACUGUCACGACAACGAUGUAUGA